AUGGAAAUUACGCUAGGUGAGGGGCCCAAGGCAGAGCCUGCUGUGGCCGUCAAUGAGCAAGGUCAUGACAACAACAACAAUAGCAGUAGCACGGAUGCCACUACAGCAGCAAACGCAAAUAUAGAUUUCACUAGUGAGGCGCCGCAGCAACGACACAGUUCCUUGAAAGAUGAAGAGAUUGUUACGAACACAGAGGAGGCAGAUAGCGACGCGGUGACGAUAUCGGCGAUACAGCUACCAUCCAUUCCGGAAAAUAAGUUGGUUUCUCAUGAAGUACCCUCUGUGGAAGAAGACGACGCUCAGAAUAUGUUUGAUCAGGAUCACGAUGAUAGCGACAAUUUGUUUGGCGAAACAGAGAGCUCUGUUUCCAAUAACGAGACGAAUACUCCCAGCAUACCUACGAACUCGGUAGAAAGUGAAAAUAACAAGCCUGCUGAGAAGGAAGACAGCGUAAUACAAAUUCCAAAUGAAAAUCCUGAAAAUUUAGAGGAGGAAAGAAUGGAGGAAAAGGAGGAAGCAGGGGGAAAUGCCGAUCCUGAGAGUGUUAAGGAGGAAACCCAACCAAGUCAAAAGGCAAAGGAAAUGGGUGGCGAGGAGGAGGAGGAGGAGGAGGAGGAGGAGGAUGAGGAUGAGGAGGAUGAUGAUGACGAUCAACCGAUGAUGAGUCCCGACAAUUCAAUAUUUGGGGAUACAAAAAGUGAAACCAAACAGCUGGACAAUGGUUCGUCCUUCGCUGAUACUCCGUCAGCAAUUCCGGAUGCACAUGAAGCAGACCAGGAGGAAGUCUCGCCAAAGAUAGAAGGUGUAGAUAAAAAAGUAAGUGCUGGCGAAGGGGGAAGCGAUCAUGAAGAAGAAAUUACAAUCGACCACCCAAAGAUUGUUGAAACGAAGAAAAACCCCAUUAUCGAAACAGAACCGGAAACGUUCAGUAUACCGCAAGCACAUGAAAUUGUUGUUCCAAGUUAUUCCAAAUGGUUCAAUUUGGAAAAAAUUCAUUCCAUCGAGGUUCAAUCUUCACCUGAAUUUUUCACAAAUAGGAUUCCAUCCAAGACACCUGAAGUCUACAUGAGAUAUAGAAAUUUCAUGAUAAAUUCCUAUAGAUUGAAUCCUAAUGAAUACUUUAGCGUCACCGCAGCGAGGAGAAACGUUUCUGGUGAUGCUGCUGCAUUGUUCAGGUUGCAUAAAUUCCUAACUAAAUGGGGGCUAAUAAACUAUCAAGUCGAUUCUAGACUAUUACCCAAGAAAAUCGAACCCCCACUAACAUCUCAAUAUUCCACAAGGCAUGAUGCCCCCAGAGGACUAUUCCCCUUCGAAAGUUAUAAACCAUCUGUACAAUUGCCGGAUAUGGCAAAGCUUAAAAAAAUGAUGAAUACCAGUGAUUCGGAAAGUACUUUGUAUAAAUAUUUGAAAGAAAGUAAAAGAAAAUACGAUGAAAUAACCAAUUCAUCUAAUGUAUUAGAUAAUGAUAAUGGUGAUAAAAGCAAUAAAAACACGGAAACAUCCUCCGACAGGGCUGCUGAAAAUUUAUUGGAAGAGGAUGAAACCUCACGCCCUUUGAAAAAGCUCAAAAUUCUAGAACAAAUUGAUAAGAAUUGGUCAAAGGAAGAUUUACAGAAAUUAUUAAAGGGCAUACAGGAAUUCGGUGCUGAUUGGUAUAAAGUGGCCAAAAAUGUAGGUAAUAAAUCACCCGAGCAAUGUAUCUUGCGUUUUCUUCAAUUACCCAUUGAAGACAAGUUUCUGUAUGAUGAUGGCGAUACCAAGGGAAAUAACUACAGCGGAUUAGGGCCAUUAAAGUAUGCUCCUCACUUACCAUUCUCUAAAGGCGAAAAUCCAGUUUUAUCAACAAUAGCAUUCUUAGUGGGAUUAGUCAAUCCAAAGACCGUACAAACCAUGACUCAGAGAGCCAUUCAAUUUGAAAAAUCAAUAGAAUCUCAGCAGAAGGAAAUUUCUGAUAAAAAGUCAGUUGAAAACAUUAAAGAAGGCUCAGAAAUUGCCAUAUCGUCAUUAGGAUUUAGAAGUCAUGUUUUUGCUAAUCACGAGGAAAGACAAAUGAAUUUUUUAGCAAAUGAAUUGAUCAGACUACAGAUGGAAAAGUUAGACACAAAAUUAAAUCAUUUAAAGAAGGUUGAAAGUUUCAUGGAGCUGGAAAGAAAAACUAUAGAAAGGCAACAAGAAAACUUGCUAAUUCAGAGAUUAAAUUUCAAUCAAAACUCUAACAAGAUUGUAGGCGUUUUAACCAAAUGUCUAAAUUCAAUAUCGGAUAGCAAUAUUAAUAACAGCUCAGUCGCUGAAAGGGACGAAAUUAGGUCACAGAUAAACCACUUCAAAAAUAUGUUAUCCAAACCUGAGAGUUUAAGUAUUGGGAAGAAUUCCUUCAACAAGCCCGAUAUUGAAACAAGUGAAAGUCAUAAUGAUCAAAAUAUAUCUAACGAGAAUGACGUCAAACCGAUUUCUAUCGAAGCACCCCAGUUCUACAGGUACUGGUCGGCAUAA